UCAUAUUACAAAUCGAGCAAGCCUUUCUUUUUUCACUUCAGAGAAAGCCCAUCUCACAAUACAGCUGGCAACCGUGGAAAAGGACUCAAUUCAACAAGAGCUAACUUGCUUAGGAAUUUACUUCAGAACUUUCAAAAGAUUCUUCUGCUUGUGGCCAUCUAGAAUCUACUGCAGGAAUACCAGAAAGGAAAACAUCAUUUAAAAGAAGCAAGCAAGAAAAAAGGACUAAUUGGGAAUGUUUAAGUCUCUGAAACUCUGCAUUGAAAAGAUAAAUAAGAUUAAUCAUUUAAGCUUAAACAUUGUGGAUUGUAAAGGAACUCUGAUUCUGAAAUACUCAUCUUGACUACUGAAAUACAAGUUUAUAAGACAAAGAGCUGUGUACCCAUCUUAGAACACAGCUUUUCUUUUCAUUUGCAAUCCUGUGGGUUGGCUUCACUGACUGCAUUUUCCCAUCAGUUAACUAAAGCUUGGAUUCAUGGAUUUUCUGGAGACUAGAAAAUAAAAAUAUUUUCCUGUUGAAGAAUCUACUGGAAACUUUACAGCAACAAGUUUCAUGUUUCUUUCAUAUAUUUUGGAGAAAAAGGAAAUAUUUAUAAAACCACCCAAAGAUCCAAAUAAUUUGCGAAUAAAUUGGAUGUUAUAGUGGUAGCAAUCUGAAUAUCAAAGGAGACUACAGCCAGGGACCAGGGACCUACGCAAUUUCUUACUGUAAGUUUGAAGUGCCUUUAUAAUGGUAAGCGCUAACAGCUCUCAAUGCCCCUAUGAUGACUCCUUUAAGUACACUUUAUAUGGGUGCAUGUUCAGCAUGGUGUUUGUGCUUGGCUUAAUAUCCAAUUGUGUUGCCAUAUACAUUUUCAUCUGCACCCUCAAAGUGCGAAAUGAAACUACCACGUACAUGAUUAACUUGGCAAUGUCAGACUUGCUUUUCGUUUUUACUUUACCCUUCAGGAUUUUCUACUUUGCAACACGAAAUUGGCCAUUUGGAGAUUUGCUUUGUAAGAUUUCUGUGAUGUUGUUUUAUACCAACAUGUAUGGAAGCAUUCUGUUCUUAACCUGCAUUAGUGUAGAUCGAUUUCUGGCAAUUGUCUACCCAUUUAAGUCAAAGACUCUAAGAACCAAACGAAAUGCAAAGUUUGUUUGCAUUGCUGUGUGGUUAACUGUGAUCGGAGGAAGUGCACCAGCAGUUUUUUUUCAGUCUACCCACUCUCGGGGCAACAAUACCUCAGAAGCCUGCUUUGAAAACUUUCCAGAAGCUACUUGGAAAACAUAUCUUUCAAGGAUUGUAAUUUUCAUCGAAAUAGUGGGAUUUUUUAUUCCUCUAAUUUUGAACGUAACUUGUUCUAGUAUGGUGCUAAGAACUUUAAAUAAACCUGUUACAUUAAGUAGAAGCAAAAUAAGCAAAACUAAGGUUUUAAAAAUGAUUUUCGUUCAUUUGGUCAUAUUCUGUUUCUGUUUUGUGCCUUAUAAUAUCAAUCUUAUUUUAUAUUCUCUUAUGAGAACACAUACACUUGUUAAUUGCUCAGUAGUGGCAGCUGUAAGGACAAUGUAUCCCAUCACUCUCUGCAUUGCUGUUUCCAACUGUUGUUUUGACCCUAUAGUUUACUAUUUUACAUCAGACACCAUUCAGAAUUCAAUAAAAAUGAAAAACUGGUCUGUUAGGAGAAGUGACUACAGAUUCUCUGAAGUUCAAGGCACAGAGAAUUUUAUUCAACACAAUCUACAGACCUUAAAAAGUAAGAUAUUUGACAAUGAAUCUACAAUAUAAGCUGCCUGAACUAAAACCACUGGAACUUCACUGGGACAGAACCUCCAAGUUCCUUCAACUGUGAAAAGUGUUCUCUUGGAAAACUAUUUCUCCUGACCUCCAAAAGACAACACAUGGACAUUUUAAUGUUUUUAAAGAAAAUUUGUACUCAAUGUGUUAAGCAUUAAAAUAUACUCUAUUCUUGUA